AUGUCAGGCACGGCUCCGCCAGCCAUAAUAGCGCCCUCGAUACUGAGCGCCGACUUUGCCGCACUAGGCAAUGAGUGCUCCAAAACAAUGGGCCAGGGCUGUGACUGGCUCCAUGUCGACAUUAUGGACGGCCAUUUUGUCCCCAACAUCACAUUUGGAGCACCGGUUGUGUCCAAGAUCCGACCCCACGUCGAAAGACCCCAGAAGCCUGGCGGGAGGGGCACAUUCGACUGCCACAUGAUGAUUUCAGAGCCUCACCGCUGGGUCUCGACGUUCCGCGAUGCCGGCUGUGACCUUUACUGCUUCCACUACGAAGCGGCCAUCACCUCGGUAGCGGCCACGAAACCCGAAGACAAGACCACGAUCGAACCCACGUCGCCGAAGAAACUGAUACGGUACAUCCACGAACUGGGCAUGCAGGCUGGUAUCGCGAUAAAACCGGAAACAAGCGUCGACGUGCUCUGGGACAUACUGGAGGCUGAGGACAAGGAGGAGAGACCGGAUAUGGUCCUCAUCAUGACCGUGCACCCCGGCUUCGGCGGCCAAAAGUUCAUGGCCUCGGAGCUCCCCAAAGUGACGGCGGUGCGGCAACGAUACCCGGAUCUCAACGUCGAAGUGGACGGUGGCCUCUCCGAGUCGACGAUCGACCAGGCCGCCGAAGCCGGCGCCAAUGUCAUCGUGGCGGGCUCCGCAGUAUUUGGAGCCAAAGACCCGGGGCAUGUUAUACAGGUGUUGAGGGAGGCGGUGGAGAAGAGGAGAGGAGCGGGCAGGUUAUGA